AUGACCAUCAUCGAGAAUGCGUCCGCGGUGGCAUCACCCGACCCGCAUUCCGAAGGCAUUGUCGUCUCUGGACCUCGUGACGCAACCGAAGGACCGCCACUGGUCAAGGGCAUGCGGUUCAAGGACAGCAAGACCGCUUUCUACGCCGUGCAGGACUACGCGCUGUUCCACAAUAAACAAGUGAAAGUCGAUCGUCGCGGCGGGAAACACCGUAAAAUGGUAUGCGCUUCUUCCGAGCCAUGUCCGUUCUUUGUGAGGCUCUACCUGCACAACUCCAAGACGGACAAGACGUGGUACGUGUCAAGUGCCGAGUUGGCGCACGCCCCAGAGUGCACGUCGACUGCCAAGCCCACCCAGCGCCAAUUGGUCGAGAGUCUCAGUUUCCAGCAAGCUCUAGCAUCGACGCCGGAUGGUACUGCAGCUCAAUUGCUGCAGCGACUGCAAGGCAAAGCGAACCUCCGCACGGUGUAUCGUGCCAAGCAGAUGAUGAAACGGGAGCUGCAGGUUCAAGUGGGGAACUCGUUCCGGAAGAUCCCGUCGCUUUUACGGAAUUUCUCGGCGUUGAAUCCGGGUUCGUUCGCGAGACAUGAAGUCAGCGACCGGCAGAGUAAAGUGCCUGGCGCUUUUGCCAGAGCUUUUGUGAGCUGCCAUGUCUUUACCGACUCGACGACGUUUAAUCAGCAGAUUUACGGACUUGAGGUUCGACCGUGUCACAACAGCAAAGCGAACUACCAAGGAGUGCAGAUCUUCUUGCUCGGGAAAGAUGGCAACAUGUGCAAUGUGACCAUUGCUGCUGCUUGUUGUGAUGCACCGUCGAGUGAGAACUACCGGUGGUUCUUUCGAUGUGUGGAAGAAAGUGGCGUGAAUUUAAGAUACUGUCCAGUGUUGUGUAAAAUCGAUGCCGAGUUGAUGGCCGUGGAGACCGAGUUGGCACUCACGUUGCGGUACUGCACGAAGUACGUGAUUGAGCACGAGCUGGUCCAACUCGAGACUUUCAGCCGACACCAUCAUGCGCUAGUAUGGGGGUUGCAAGGGUCCGAGACCGAAGCAGAGUACGACAGCCGUCUCGAGUGGAUUGGUACGGCAUGCGGGCCUCGAGUGGAGAGCUACCUUCGACAGUUUCCGAUGGAGCGGUGGGUGGUCGCAGGGAAUAUCGGAAAGGUUGCAAUGUAUGGAUGGCGCAGUCGGACAUUUGUUGAGACGUCCGAGCGCGAACAGCAAGUUGAUGCUGGAGCAGGACACGGACUAGGAAUCGGUGGUCUGGAUCUCGGGGGGAGCUGUGGCGUGGAAAACACCGAGGUCAGAACAGCCCCAGCAGCGUUGAGUCUCAAUGCAAGCGCUAGGCCUGCAAACGCAACAGCUGAAUCUGCAGGUCCAAGUGCAAAGGGACUGGAUCGGUACCGGGAUAUGCUUCCAUUUACGUUUUUUGAGACCAUCAUGGCGUCUUUUAUGCAAGACGCGUUCGAGCGCAGCAUGCUGGCAACGUCGUGGAAGCGGCAGAACCGAAAAGUCACGCAAGGUGCUCAAGACCUUUACGACGCACAGUGCAAGCGCAUUGGCGAGUACAAGGUCGGUCGUGCUUCCGAGACGGUCGCAUUUGUGACAAAAGUGAACAACGACGCUGGCGUGCGCCGUUGCGUGGACUUGCACGCUAGCACUUGCACGUGUGGCUUUAUCGACCAGUACGCUCUUCCGUGCCGCCACCUCAUUGCUGUGCUGCUGUUCUGCGAGCAGAUGGACUCAGUCAUCGAUCGGUUUGCCCCUGGGUAUCUUGUGGAAAACUACGCCAUGGCUUUCCGGGAAAAAGUGGUUGAGUUACCGCUGGAAUCAGCUCUUGGCAAGGACUUUGCUCGUGUCUCUUCAGCAAGGACAGCAACUGUCCAACGUACUAGAACCAGCAGCGCCAGCAGGGACAAUAAGGACCUCGACGCGACUCUUUGCUCAGGAGCCAACCGGACAGCACCUGCAUCAGACGUUGCGGCCAUAGCCGUUCGCAGUGCAACCGAAGGUUUCCAUGCGGAGCCUGGUGCGGCACAAGCGCGUGUUCGCUUGUGCAAGAAAUGCCGGGGUCCCGGCCAUAACUCCCGGAGCUGCUCGGUGACGACUGUGACAAGUGAACAGACGCCUGGUUGCAAUGGGAAUAUAGUCGGAAACCAUGGACUAUGA